ACUUGUGAAAUAUGUCUUCCGCAUAACCUAAAAUUAUUUGUUUUUAAAUAUUGUUGAAGAAAUUAAAUAAUUUAAAAUAUAACAAAAAAAUCAAGAUGAAACAACGUGCGUUAUCUUUAUCAAAAACACUUUUACUAAGUCACAAUUCAAAGGGCUUACCUGCUAUAAGAUGUUUAAGCACAAAAGAGGCGAUUGAUCGUCGGCACCAUCUUUUUGAUCUGGAAAAAAAACGACAAUUGGAGAACGUUGGAAGAAUAGAGAAAAUCGAAGUUAAUUACAAAGGGGUUCCUAACGACUGCACAUUAAUUAUGAAUAAAGAUAUAUCAACACCAUUUGAUUGUGCAAGACAUUUGGGGGAAUGGCACAUGGAGUCGAGUGCAUUGGCGUUGCUUGAUGGUACAGUGUACUGGGACAUGCACAGACCCCUCACAGAGAACUGCACGUUAGAAUUACAGAGGUUCAACAUAGCGGAGCCGCAGCAAGUGAACAAGGCGUUCUGGCGCACGUGCUCGCUCGUGCUCGGCGCGUGCGCCACGGCCGCCUUCAAGGACACCGUGCCAGUGCAGCUGCAUAGUUUUCCAGGACCGGACAUAAGAAGUGGUUCAUUCAUAUACGACAUAGACCUACCAACCCUGCCCGAUUGGACGCCUACCCCCCAGGAGUUGCACACCCUCAGCGCGGAGUACGUCCAGCUGUGUCGGAAGCAGCUGCCCAUUGAACGUCUGGAUGUGUCCCAGGAGCUGGCGUUGGAGAUGUUUGUGGAUAACCAGCAUAAGGCUAAACAGAUACCGAGUAUCGCCAAGGCUACUGGCAAGGUGACGUUGUACAAAGUGGAUAAAUACGUGGAUAUAUCGAAGGGCCCGCUGGUCGCCAACACGGCACAGGUGGGGCGGGUCGCUGUCACGGCGGUGCACCCUCUAACUGGUUCCCCUGACAGCGAAGUGAAGAAAUUGUACAGAUUCCAAGGGGUGGCGUUGCCGACUGGAGUCAUCCUAAACCAUUUCGCGUUCACAAUUCUAACCGACAGAGCUAAGAAAUUGAACUCCGCUAGAUCUCCGAUCAAUCCAUUUGGUGAUCUGAACCAAACUCCUGCACAAGAGAGUAUAGCAGCUCGCGCAUAACGUUCAUUAUAUAAUAAUUAAGUGAUACAAUUAGGAAUAGAAAUAAAAUAAAUAAAUAUUUAACUAAAUUUUAUUCUUAAAACACAUUAAAUAUUUACAAAUCAUCAUUCAUAAGUCAGAGAGAAAUAUUUAUUAUAUAUAUUUACUAGUAUUUAUAUAUAUUUGAUAUACAAAUAUAUUUUUUUUACAUUAAUAAAGGAACUCGAAUUUUCUUAUCGAAUAUUACGGUUUUAGUAAAAUUUCAUAUAUUUACCAGUCUGGCUAGUGACGUCAGUUGGUCGUCUAUUGCGUCAUCGAUGCCAUCCACCAAUAACAAUUGAGAGACUAUCUUUGAUCAGCGUUUUAGAAACCGGUUUGAAUUUCAAAGACAAACUAUGUUGAAUCAUUUAAGGCAUUUGACAAGUAUAACCAUACAUUAAUUACUUCAUUUCACAUAAUUGUGAGCGAUGAAAAAAAAACAAUUAAUUUAAAAUUGGAACAUACUUCCAUAAACAAUAAUAAUACUAGAUUAUAUACAUGAA